ACUGGUACUAUAGCACUGGUAUUAAGCACUGGUAGUAUUGGAAAUAAUGUAGAAGUACUGUAAUGUUGGUAAUGGUGUUUGUAGGCGGAACUGGUGUUUCUGGUCAUACUAUGUCUGGUAUGACUAUAGCUUCAAAUGAAUUGAGUUGUAUAUCCAGUAUAUGUGUGUAAAUGUUAAGCACUGGUAUGUUAUGUAUGUUAUGCUGUUUUGCCACCAAUUUGUUUGUAUAUUUGUGUUUGUCUUAACAUCACCUCAGCAUGUAUUGUAUGGACUGACCAUUUGAAGAAAAUUGGAAGUAAUUAAGUGAUAUCUUGUGUGGAAUACAUUGAUCUGAUGUGUGAUAUAGUGAUCAAUGUCUUAAGUGAUGGUGAAGUCAAUGAUUGUUGCAUUCAAUGGCUCACAAGUAUAGGGAAAGAGAAGAGAUUGUUGGCAAACGGUUCAUAUAUUUACAGACAUCGGGUUCACAUAAAGUAUCAAAGAGGACCAAAUUAUCACCAUUAAGUGCUAUCAAUGCCAUUAAUAACCAUCAUCUUAACCAAUCCAGUGAUAUCAUCUGUAAAAGAGGUACCGUUAGGGCUGCCUCUCAUCACGACCCACACCAUCACGACCUAACUAUAUUAGUAGAAUUUGAUGGUCAGGACUGGAAUAAGAGAGAAUGGAUUCGUGUCUACGAUGGCAACAGUUUUCAGUUAUUUCUUAUUGAGAAAACACUCGUAUGGUAUGACAACAAACAACAAACUUCAUUAUCUCCAUCAUUGAAUUUCAAGCCAUUGGUCGAUAAAAUUGGUUUUGAAGAAAAUAAAUUAAAACCAAUUGAAUUGUUAAUUGACAAACAACUAGAGUUUGUUGAUUGUAAAGACCUUACUAUAUAUCAGGACGAGAAAGAUUUGGAGAACCAAAAGGCAGACAUUGAAGCGCCUGAAGUUAAAAAAGCAUUGAGAAAGUGGACUGAAUUUCAAGACUCACAAAAAAUAUUAUUGACUACACCUUCAGUUUUAGUCGGAUAUCGCGUUAAAGUCUAUAGAAGUGAAGGAACCACUCAGUGGUACACUGCUGUCAUCGUCUCAUACAACGAUAAUACCCGGGAAUUAACGCUAACCGACGAUACAGUACUAGAAGAGCACAAUGAAGAUCCCAGUCUUGUGCAGAUGAAACUGAUUGGAGACGGAGUGGUCGAGUCUAUAUUGAAAGGUGAAGACAUUGGUAUAACUCCAAGAAGACGAACCUGUAAUCAAAAUCAAGCCCUAAGUCUUUUGAAAUGUCGAGUAAUAACUUCUGAAAACAAGAGUUCAGUUAAUGUUAAAAACGUUAGUGAGAGUCAUAAGAGACAUAUUACUAAAGAAAAUAAAGACAUUAAGGAUUCCAUAGACAGUAGCGAUCAACAGGUGCUCCAGAAUAAGCCAAAGAAGUCAAACAAUCAAAAGACUAAAUCGGAUAUAAAAAAAAUAGAAACAAUUAAUUCAGUAAAACCUCGAAAUUCUUGUCGACAGACAUCGAAAAGUUGUGAAAUAAAAGCACAAAAAGCUAAGGAGUUGUUGGACACCAGUGAUAGUAGUGAUACCGAAAUUGAAGAUUCAUUGAAGAUAUCAGAUGAACACAAGAAGACUCUUCGCAAUAAAGGGAAUCGCAAGAAAUGUCAACAAAUAUCAGAAAGUGAUCUCAAUAUUAACUUUUUUGAAGAAGACAGUGAACCACAAGUGAUAUCAUCAGAUAAUAGCAUUGCUAACACUAAUAGUGAUAAUUGCAAUGAUUUAAAUGUUUUAAAAGAUGUCAAGGAUUUACAAACUAUUUGUUGUGAAGUUUCAAAAAAUGAAAAAUUGAAGGAAAGUUGUAAUAAAAGAAAUGAAUUGAAAUCAAGGACUGAUCAAAAAGCUAAUGAUAUAACAAGUGUUAAAUGUGUUUCACAAUUAUCACAAAAUUCAAUUAAUGUAUUAAUUAACACUACAAAAGAUAGUUCAAAUUCAGUUUCUGUUAUUCGCAAAGAUAUCAGUCAAUCAAAUCAAACGCCAAUCUCGGAAACACCUAAUUGUGAUGUGUCUCCAACGGUGCCUAUAAUGUGUUCAAUUAGUGAACCAUUGAACACAUUGGCAACCAAUCAAAUGAAAUGUGAAACAUUCCCGAAGCGAUCUAAUAUUAUUAGUGAAGAUAACCGAAGUAAUGACAAUAAAACUGAUUUCCAACACUUGACGACCUCAGGUGCUAAUAGUGUUUGUGUCAAUUUAGACAUUAAGUGUAAUAAUAAUAAUAAUUUGGAUAAAAGUUUGAAUGAAACCAAUAAUUCAAAAGCUUCAUUGGCCUUAAAUCGACACGAGUCGGUAACUGUUUAUAGAGAUCCAAAUUUAGUGGACAAACAAAUUAUAAGACAUAUUGAUUCAGUGCAACAUAUAAGGCACGGACUCAUGCAUUCCGUGAACACGACAUCGUCUACGACAUUGACCCGAAGCCCUGACUUGGGUCACAUGUCGUCGACAACAUCACAAGUGAGAAGUAGUCAUCCAUCGAUUCUUCCGCCUUCAAUGUCAUCGAUGUCUUCAAUUCCAACACAAUAUAAGCUUAAAACGCAGCCAACAAUUCAUUCACAAUCACCUUCACAGUCAUCACAUAUAUUACCGGUCAGUUCAUCUCAUCCAUCACAUCGACUUACAAGUCCAGUGGACCCAAUAUAUCACCAUUUGAUGCAAACAACGCAUCCAAUGGUUCCCGGGUUGAAUGCUCAAGCAAUUAGUGACAAUUUGUAUUGGCAGCAAAAAAACUAUCAGCAUCUCUCUUCAAUUCCCGGCGCUUGGAAUCUAUAUAAUGAACAGAUUAGGGCACAAGUACUUCAAGAUAAACAUCAAAGAAUUGAUAGGGAAAGACGAGAUGAAAAGGAAAAACUAUUAAAGAAUGAAAAAGAGAGCAAAGAUUAUAAUGAAAGGAUACGACAUGAAGUGCACUCUAAGAAUAGGGAAGAAAAUGCAAAGGAAGCGGUGGACCAACACUUUGAAGAGUCAUUACGUCUAAUGAGACAAAAGAAUCCCGGGUGGAGUCCAAACCUGCAAUUGUCUAAAACACCUACAAAUCUGUCCCAUCAAAGUCAUGGUUUACCUCAACAUCAAUUGCCACACUCGGCAUCACAUGUUUCACAGCAUUCUUCACAAAAAUCUCGAGAAUAUGUGAGAGAAAGAGAUGUCUUUUCUAAAGAACAUAGAAAUGAUUCGGAGACGUGGCUCACGUAUAUGCAACCAUCCAAUCAUCAACAUAGCUCUCAUACAGCACAGGGAUCUCGAGUUGAGGCUAUUUCUAAGCAGCAUUUAUCAAGUGCUCGGCAGUUGCAAUCACAACCAACACAUCAUUUAAUGAGUGAACUGGCCAGGAAAGGGGCAACUUCUAGUCCAGUGAUGGAUAUAUCAAAACAUAAUCAAAUGUCAUUUCGUGCCAAAAACGAACCCAGUCUUGACAUAUAUGGAUAUAAACCAAAUAACCAGAACAUCGGAUAUAUAACAGCAGCAACUGCUGCACAACUUAAAGAUAAUAAUCGUUUGAAUAUAUCAUCAGCUGUUUCAACGGCACCAUUAAUGACAGCUCGAACUGAUCACUCAAAAGUAGGAACACCAUCGGCACACAGUCUCGACAAAAGGGAAUCUCCAAAAAUUGACCGAUCGAUUACACCUAAUAGUAGAAAUAGUACACCUCUUGGAAGACCUCCGUCAUUGUCGCCAAAACAAAAAUCACCUAAACUUAUGACUCAAGAAAGAGUUAGCCCUUUAUAUCACAGAAGUCAAAAUCAAAUAAUCAAACAAUACGAUUAUCCAAUGACCAGUGCACCACCUGCUCAUCAGGGAAGCACUUCCCGAUCGACAACACCUCACUUAAGCAGUGCAUCGCCCAUAUCUUUUCAAAUACAAAGUCAAAUACCAACUGCCCAUUCCUCACAAAAUCAAGAACAACCGCAAAAUCUUGUAAAAACUGAUUCAAAAUCAAAGAGUUUUAAUGACAUAAUGAAAACACAAAUCGAUAGAAAAAGAUGUUCUCCAAACAUGAAUUUACAUCAAAAAUCUCCCAAUUUAUCAACUAAUUAUCAGUCAUUUAAUUUAAUACAACAGGGAUUGGUUCCCAAUCCUUCAUAUAAAGGUAUGCCUACAACACAAUUGACAAAUACAACGCCAUCAGUGAUAACACGACCACAUUCAGCAAAACCAAUACCGAGUACUACCCCUACUUCAAGUCAGUCACAAUCAUCUGCAAUGUUCAAUAAGCCCGGACCAGGAAUAAUGAGUGGUAUUCCCGUAUGCCGUCCAAACAGUAUUCCUUAUUAUGAACCUAACCGAACAAAUGUGUCAAAUUCGCAAAAAUAUCCACAAAGUCUUUCUCUCAACAAAACCGAUUCAAACAUACAUUCAGAGGCUAACAGAAGCGCCAAACCAACACAUCAGCCAUAUAUUCAAACUCAAGACCGUAAUGUCUUUCAUAGAGUUUCUUCUCCACAUUCGCCUCGAAUAUCCAGUGGUCCGAUACCGCAAUCACCUUAUGGACCGCCACCAGGAAUGGUUUCCGUCGGUUCUAAUAUACCAACUCAGGUGACACCUCCAGCCGCUCAUUCGGGGAUUAAUCCGUAUAAUAUGAGUAAUGUUAAACGAAAAUCUUUGGAACCAAUAGUCAAUCCUCUAAAUAACAAUAAAAAGCCAAAACAUGAAGAGAACUCAGAUAUUAUACAUACAUUGCAGAUACCAUCUAAUGAUAAUGUGGUUAAUACUACUGGCAUUAUUCAAAGCACAUCCAGUGAUCAAUUUGAACCAUUGAGUGAAGUGCCAAUUCAAAAAUCUAAUGCAAUAAUUGAUUCAAAUGAUACAACAUCUGAAAAAAUUGUUGCAGAUAUUAAGCCACAAAUCUCAUCCAACACUUCAAAUGAAACUAUUAUUAGUUCGCCAACAAAUAGCAACUCUUCAACAUCUCAGACAAAAGAUGAUAUCAAAGUGAUGGCCAGUACUUCAAGCGCUACAAUUACUCCAUCGACCACCAGUUCAUUUCAUCCAAAACUUAAGAAAGCGUGGCUUCAGAGACAUUCUGAAGAUAAGACGGGUGUUUCUACUACCACAACGACAACGACCACUAAUGUUGUCAUUCAUAAUGAUAUAUCUAAUUCAAACAGUGACAACACUAAUGACUCUAAAGUAAGUGAUGUUACAAUUAAUGGUGUAAUUAAUAAAAAAGAAGUCAAAGAUGAGGAUAUUAGUGGUGAUGAUGACGAUACCACAUCUACUUCUGAAACUGAAUUAAGUAAUUCAUCGAAAAGUAGUAAACGUACUUCAAAUACGCGCUCAAUUAAAACAAGAAAGAGAGUCCACAAUCAAAAUAAAGAUAAAGACCUAAAGAAGCGGAAAUCUGAAAGCAAUAAAAGUGAUGAAAAAAUUGGUAAAGAAAACGAAGAAAAGAAAAAGAAAGACAAAAAUAAAAAUAAUGACAAAGAGUCUAAUGACUUGCGGUCGACAACAACAACCAGAAGAGGUCGCAAACCUAAAGCAUUGAAAAAUGACGAAAAGGAUAAGUCAUCCAAAGAAGCGAGUGGUUCACUGAUGAAGAAAAAAGGAAAAUCUGACAGAAUGGCAAUCGCAGAGCUUAAGAAAACUGGUAAACACUUUCUUCAGGGCGGCUCUUGUGUUGAGGUGGCGCCCAAACUCCCGAAAUGUCGAGAAUGUCGAAUGACUCCAACUCAGAGAAAUCGAAAGCCAACUAUAUUUUGUCGCUUUUAUGACUACAGAAAACUGGUGUUUAAGAGUAAUAUAUUAACAAUCGCCGGCUUCUCUCAACCACAGGACGCCAGUGAAGAGGAUCUCAAAUUAUGGCUUCCAAAUGAUGAGAUGCCAGCAGAUCUUGACUUAGAGACAGCUAAGUUUGUUAUCGCACACGUGGGCGACCAGUUCUGUGAUUUAGUUAAACAAGAAAAAGAGGCACAAUUAUUACAUAUGGGAUCAACUAAUAAGAAUAUCACAUGGAAAAGAGUGGUACAGGGAGUUAGAGAAAUGUGUGACGUCUGUGAAACCACUCUUUUUAAUAUUCAUUGGGUUUGUGAUAAAUGUGGAUUUGUUGUUUGUAUUGACUGUUAUAAAGCUAGAAAAGUUGGAUCAAUUAAAGAGGAUAUGUGUCCAGCGAAAGACAGAGAUGGCUUCCAAUGGCUUCUUUGCAAUAAUCGUCAACAACACGAACCUCAGAGACUCGAAGUGACUCAAAUCAUAGCCGCUUCUGCCCUCUCCAGUGUCGGCCGAAUGCUUCAUAAUUUGCGGACCAAAUGGAAUAUCAGUGCCAACUGUACGUGUGUUAGUGCUCUCAAAGAUAACAAUCACAAGAAACCCAAUGGAUUUACCAAACAAGUGCUAAGUGUCGUCAAAUUGGACAAUAAACAAGUGAAUGGCAUUAACGACACAAAUAGCAAAAACUGGAAAUCAAUUAAUGGUUCGGUAGCUAUGAUUAAACAGGAAACGGACAGUACGUUAACGGGCUAUAGUUCAGAGAGUGGUAACUCUCCGCUCAGUUUUUUCGUUGACGUCGCACUCACUUCUGAAAAGUUGAUUUCUAAAGAUGACAAUGAAAUCAAAUGUAAAAAGAAGUUAGCGAUCAAAGCUGAAAAGGAAAGUGAAAUUAACAGCGAUGGUGACGACGAUACUAAACAUUCAACAUUAAGGGAACUUCUAAUGGGUCCCACAUCUAAAUUAACGACUAAAGAUAAUAAAUCCAAUGGAUCAUCACUUAAUGAAUCACAAAAUAUUAAGAAGACUGAAUUAGAGUCAUCAGAUGUUGAGACAAAAGAUGAAAAUUGUGCGAAAAAAGAGCCACAAAAAGAGUUACAACACUUUACGAGAAGAUAUUUUCCGCUUCGCAAAGAAACUGAUCCGUUGCCUAUAAUUUGUCGGAUAAUCGAAGAAACUAAGAAACAAUAUCCGCAAAUACCACACGACUGGUUUAGCGACGGAAAACUUCUUGUAUUACUCGAACCUAAGAAUCCCGAAAACAUUGCAUUAUUUCAGGAACAAUGGAUUCGAGGACAGCCGGUUUUGGUAAAAAACAAUCACAAGAACUUGAAUAGUCAACUCUGGCACCCGGAUUCGUUUAGUAAAGAUUUUGGUGAUAUUAAAAAUGAUUUAAUAAAUUGUCUCAAUGGAGAUAUUCUACAAAAGCAACCGAUGAGGAAGUUUUGGGACGGAUUUGAGAAUUUGCAGAUUAGAAUGAAAGACAAAUCAGGAGAAUAUAUGCUCUUAAAGCUAAAAGACUGGCCACCAGAUGAAGAAUUUAGUGAACUAUUACCCACUCGUUAUAAAGAUCUGAUGUCUUCUCUUCCACUUCCGGAAUAUACGAGUAGAAAUGGUGUCCUUAAUCUCGCCGGUCGUCUUCCAGAUUGUUUUGUUCGACCAGAUUUGGGACCAAAGAUGUACAGCGCAUACGGAUCGUGUCAGUACUCGGAUAAAGGAACAACUAAUCUUCAUUUAGACAUCAGUGAUGCCGUUAAUGUCAUGAUUUUUGUAGGCAUUCCUAAAGAGAGCUAUAAAACUGAAAAAGAUUAUCUUCAAGAAGUACAAGAAGCUGUUGAUAGUGCCGGUUGUGACGAACACAUGAAGAAAAGGGUUCGCGAAAAGGGAGUCAAAUUAGGAGCUCUUUGGCAUAUCUAUAGUGCCAGAGAUGCCGACAAAAUACGCGAUUUACUUAACAAAGUGGCCAUUGAAAGGGGAGAAACACUGGAACCACAUCACGACCCCAUUCACGACCAAAGCUGGUAUUUGGAUGAAAAUUUAAGAAAUAGACUUUCAAAGGAGUACGGCGUUGAAGGCUAUGCUAUAGCACAAUGUUUGGGCGAUGCUAUCUUUAUUCCUGCCGGUGCUCCCCAUCAGGUCCGCAAUUUGAACAGUUGUAUCAAAGUUGCCGGAGAUUUCGUGUCACCAGAAAAUGUAUCGCAUUGUUUCAAUUUGACACAAGAAUUCAGACAAUUGUCUGACACUCAUACCAAUCAUGAGGACAAACUACAGAUCAAAAACAUUAUAUAUCAUGCCGUCAAAGAUGCCCUCUCUGUGCUCCGGAACCAUCAGUGCCCUCCCAAUGACUCGCAAUGAUAUAAAGAUUCAAUACUAGUCAGUCAUUUGGUGUCAAUUUAAUCAUCUGAUGACUUGAUUUGACAUUUAAGUCCUAUUUUUGACUCAUUGGCCUCACAAGCGUUCGGUUGUUUGACUUGAAAUAGAUUUUGUAUUAACGGCUCAUUUAAUGUAAUUAUAUAUUAACAUUAAUUAUAUAUAUAUAUAUAAAUAAAUAAAUACAAGUAUAUAUCAUAUUUGUGACAAUUUUGUUACGAUUGUCACACAAUGGUAUUCAUACAGAUUAUUAUAGAUAUGAUAUAUGAUGUAAACGAGUGAAUCAAUAUAUGAAAUAUACAUAAAAAGCUCAAAACAUUGUUUAGUUUUGUGUAAUAUUUGAUGCCUUAUAUCUGGUUUUU